CGGCCCAAUCGUCCAAAUUGGUAAAGGAGGAAAACGAAGAGCAAUCUGCUGAGUACUGCCUUCGUGUUCCCUCUGUUCUCUUCUCUUGCCGAUCAUUCACCGAAAUCCCCUAAACAAUGGCCGCUGCCGCCGCCUCUCGUCGUGGCGUCGUCUAUACGGGGCGCCGCCUCUUCUCCUCCUCCUCCAUCGCCACCGGUAAAAACAACCACAAGGAAACUCACAAGUUCCUGGAGGCGAAUUCUUUCAUGGGAUGCUGGGAGGCGCCGAAGAAUCCGAAGGAGGCGGAGAAGAGACUGGCGAUGUUGCGAAGACAGUACGCGAAGCAAGUGAAGGAGGUGCGCAAAGAAUACAUCGUGGAGAUGGAGGCCAUGCGCAUGGAGAAGCAGCGGAAGGACGAAGCUAGACAAGAGGUGAUCAGGAUUGCGAACGAGGAACGCCGUAAGUUGAAGGCUGAGGCGGCCAAAGUUAGAGCGGAAGAGCGCAAAGUUGCUGAAGAGGAGUUCCGCCAAACCCUGUUGAAAGAGCGAACGGAGAAGCUUGAGAAUUGGAGAAUGAAAGAAGCUAAGAGGGAAGAGAAGAAAAAUGCUGCCAAGGAGCUGUUACGCCGGAGUAGUUCGCAGUGGGUUGACGAGGAGAAAUUGGAGGGCCAGAUAAUAGAAGUUCUUUCUGGUCCAUGGUCACUGUAAGUGUGCUUUCUUUUGCAAAACGAGCUCUUUAUCUUUUACUCGGCAACAACAGACUGAACCAAUGUAUCGUUGGCGAAUGGUGACUCACUGCACGCUGUCCAACUGUCCAAGAAAGAGUUCGCUGUGGGUUGACAAGGACAAAGUGGAUUAGAGAAUGCGAGAAAUGGGCUUGGGGGAAAGCAUGGAUGUCCAUUGCCAUUGGGUUAUUCUGAUGAGGCCCAAGGGAUUUUCUGAGAAGGUCGGCCUGUUCUUGUUUCGGAGAAGAUGGUACUUUCUUUCUUUGUUCCCAUGAUCAUGAUGUGUUUGGUUCUUUCUUGGUCCUAUUAAAUCAGGAAGACCUCGGCACUUGAGCCUUGUUUGCUUCUGACUGUGAAUUGUUUAAUUGUGGGGAGUGGCGAGUUAACAUUGAAACUCACGUUUCCCACUAAUUUUCCCAGAAGGUACUUGCUUUUGCUUACAUUUCAUUGGUGUAAUAGUAAAAACAUGGUUUCCGUUUAGUUUUUGGUUAAUACCUUAGUUUAGUUUGGCCUAAUUGUAGACAAACUUUCUAAUUUGUCCCGUGAUAUCAGAAAUUAUUAUUCUGACUUGAACUAUAUAGCAUACUUUCUUAUUUGGCCCGAAGCUGGGUUUGACCGUCAAAUUAUUAUUCUGACCUAAACUAUAUAGCAUACUUCAUUAUAGCUCACUUGUCAUGUCAACUAGCAGGGAAUAAAAAAUUAAUUAAAAA